CCGCCUGUUUUCAUUUUUUCCAAGUUUUUUCCCUUAUCCCCAUCCCAUGGCGCACGCCGCACGGGUGAAAGCUUCAAUUUUUCUGUUUGUUCAAUCUUCACUCCCUGUCCCUACCCGACCCUUCCUCUUAUCAAUUUCUCUUCUUUUCUUCUUUUUCUUUUGUGUCUUCUGAUGUUUGGAACUGGGAGGUUUUUUGAAAUUUCUUCCCUCUUGUCUCACCUUCUGACUGUUUAGGUUGCCGUCUCUCCCUCUGCUUGCCUCUCACUCGCUCAUUUACGUUGUUUUCUCAAACGCUGUCGUUUUCGGCUGUCAUCAUCUUCUACCUAUUGAGGGCUCCAUGGUAUUGGUAGCCAACUAUAACUCUCUGACACUGUAAUCGCUUGAUAUCUUUCACUUAUCUUAUCCAAAAAUAAACCCUGAAAAAUAAUUGAACAAGAAGCAUGAUGCAAUCUCUUCGUUACGUGGCUCGCUUUUUUCAGCAAAAGCAGUGAGAUUUCUUUCCAGGGUAUGUUGCAUUUUUUUUCCUUUUGCUCCGGGAUUACGAAUUGUUGUUGAUUCUGUUCAUGAACCUUGGUAUAUGAUAUUCUAGGCUCUUUCAUGCUUGUUUUGUCUUUUCAUUUGUUUCUCUGUGAUAAAAGAGAAAGAAGGCCAUGGCAUUUUUGGUAAAGCCAUUCCCUGGCCAAACCUACUAUAAACCCUUCACUUUCAUUCCUAAACAAGUUAAUAAUCUUCCAUUACUAAAAUUAAGAGUUGGAAUUCCAAUUCCGAAACCAAAGCUGUUGUUUCCUAGAAGAAACUGUACAAAUUUGGGUAAAUAUACUAGCAUUGGUACUAGGAAUGCUGUUAAUGAUGAUCAACUGGAAGAAUGGGAAUUAGAGUUUGUUGGAGAGCUUGAUCCAGUUGGUUGGCAAGCACCCAAGAAGAGAAAAAAGCAAGAGAAAUCUAGGUUGCUCGAGGAUACUGAGGGGAUGGAUUGGUGUUUAAGGGCUAGGAAAAUGGCACUCAAAUCUAUUGAAGCUAGGGGACUGACUCAUACAGCUGAGGAUUUAAUAACAAUAAAAAAGAAGAAGAAAAAGAACAAGAAAAGAUUCACAGGUAAAGAUAAGAUUAAUAAGCAAAGCAAGGAGAUUGAAGAAGAUGUUGAUUUUGGUUUCAAAGAAGAGAUUGGCUUGGAAGGUUUGGAUGACAGAAUUGAUGAUAGUACGCAUGGACUUCAAGAGAAGGUAAGUAUGAUGGCAGGUGGGUUGUUUUUAGAGAAGAAGGAAAAGGCAAUGCAAGCGUUUGUUCAGAAGCUAGCCCAAUUCUCUGGGCCAUCUGAUCAUAAGAAAGAAGUUAAUUUGAACAAAGCUAUAAUACAAGCACAUACUGCAGAAGAAGUGUUGGAGAUUACAGCCGAGAUGAUUAUGGCAGUUGGGAAAGGUCUGAGCCCUUCACCUCUUUCCCCAUUAAAUAUUGCCACAGCACUUCAUAGAAUUGCUAAGAAUAUGGAGAAAGUAUCAAUGAUGAAUACCCGCAGGUUGGCAUUUGCUCGACAAAGAGAGAUGUCAAUGCUUAUAGGUCUUGCAAUGACAGCUCUGCCGGAGUGCUCAGCUCAAGGUAUUUCAAAUAUUUCAUGGGCGCUGUCCAAGAUUGGAGGGGACCUACUUUUCUUGUCAGAAAUGGAUAGGGUUGCAGAGGUGGCCUUGACCAAAGUUAAGGAGUUCAAUUCUCAGAAUGUUGCUAACAUUGCUGGUGCUUUUGCUACAAUGCGGCAUUCUGCCCCUGAUCUCUUUGUAGAGUUAGCAGAAAGGGCAUCAGACAUAAUUCACUCUUUUCAAGAACAGGAGCUUACUCAGCUGUUGUGGGCUUUUGCUUCUCUAUAUGAGCCUGCGGACACUUUUCUUCAAGCUAUGGAUACCAUUUUCAAGAACACUGACCAAUUUAAAUGCUGCUUAAGUCAUGAAAAAACUAACAGUGAUGAAGAGAGCCAUGUGGAAAGCAGUAGAAAUCUUAAAUUUGGAGAAGUUUCAGAUCCUCCUGUACUCAGCUUAAACAGGGAUCAGCUUGGUAACAUAGCUUGGUCGUAUGCUGUCCUUGGGCAGGUGAAUCGGAUAUUCUUUCCUCAUGUGUGGAAAACUUUGAGCAGUUUUGAGGAGCAAAGAAUUUCAGAACAGCAUAGAGGGGAUAUUAUGUUUGCUUCUCAGGUUCAUCUGGUGAAUCAGUGCUUAAAGCUAGAGUACCCACAUCUUCAGCUAUCUCUGAGGGGUGACCUUGAGGAGAAAAUUGUUCAUGCUGGAAAAACUAAGAGGUUUAAUCAAAGGACUACCUCAUCUUUUCAGAAGGAGGUUGCUCACCUUCUUAUCAGUACUGGCCUUGAUUGGGUUAGAGAAUACUCUUUAGAUGGGUAUACUGUGGAUGCUGUUCUGAUUGAUAAAAAAGUUGCUUUGGAGAUUGAUGGACCAACACAUUUCUCAAGGAAUAGUGGAACACCUUUAGGGCAUACCAUGUUGAAGCGCCGCCAUAUUGCUGCUUCUGGUUGGAAGGUUGUAUCAUUGUCACAUCAAGAGUGGGAGGAACUUGAAGGGGAUGAGGAGCAGCUAGAGUAUCUAAGGACAAUUCUGAAAGAUCACCUUGGGUGAAGAGGCAGCAAUGGAUGCAUGAGGAGCUAGAAUGGGUAUGGCUAGAAGAAUGAGGAAUUGAGUUCAAUAUAUGUUGGGGAAGGAUAUACUUGAAGAGUUGCAGCGGUGAGACUAAAAUGAAUAAGUUGGGCAAAAAAUGGUGGUGGUGGUGGUGAGGCCAGGUAGGGUGAGAAGAGAAGAUGACCAUCAAAGACAUUAAGCUAAAAGUGUAUGAAUACAAUGAGUAGAGCGUAAUAAUCGUAUUGGGUAUUGGCUAUUGUUGAAUACAUACCAUGACCAUGAUCAAGACCAUGACCAUUACCAUUACCAUUACCAUUACCACUACCACUACCACUACCAUUACCACUAUUGUUAUUAUUAUUUGGUUUGUAAAUGUAAUAUUUGAGAAAAGUGAGGUUAGUUUUCUAAAUUAGGACAAAGAUGUAAAGUAGCUCAUGAAAACUAAAUUUAUAUUUGAAUUAAUCUGUCAACAAGGACUAUCUGUGGCUGUGAAGGAAUUCUAUGGUUGGUGUA